CAGGGGUUUGGAGAAAUGUGGGGAACUUAGUCUGUAAUGGGUACGAGUGAGGACGACGGGUGUCUUGGGGUCUGUUUGGUUGGCCCGUAAAACAGGGGAGUUGAUGGGACUGCACCUUGGGGAUAGGCAGUGAGGAGGGUCUUGGGUGGAGCUGAGAAGAGGGGCUCCCCCCAGCUGAGGGGCCCUGGGGGCGGGACCUGGAGGGGGCGGGGCCAGGACGCCGACGCGGGGGCGGGCCCAGGUGUGCGGGAUCCCCGCCCCCGCCCCGCCCCCCUCGCUCCCCUCCCCAGCUCUAGCCAGGCUGUCUAGUGGACAGCGGCCCGCGGCGUCUUCGGCUCAGGCCAGGUCCGGCUGCGGCUCCAUCUUGGGCCGCUGCACCGGGCACCUGUGGCGGCUGCAGGAGUAGGGCUUCCGCCGCCUGUUUCCGCGGCCCCGGCGGGCAGAGGCUGAGAGGUAGCCAUGAGCUCCAGCCACCCCGAGCCUGAGCCAGCUGCUCAGGCACCCCUGAGCCCGCGUCCACAGCCCCUGUCGCAUAGCUCUUCCAGUCUGCUGAGUGAAGGCCAGGGACAGAGGCCAGAGCUCCGCAAGAGUGCCAGUAGCACUGAAUGGCAGGCCCAGCAAGGUGAGGCCAGCACUGGUCCUGGGGUGCAGGAGGAAGAGGGACAUCAUACCAAGAGCGUGGAACAGGGCCAGGCCCCUAGCACCCGGCCCAGUGCCAUAGGCCACUGGCGGAGCAGCACCGUGGGCAAUGUGUCCGCUGUGGGUGGCAGUGACCUGUGUCACCUUCGGGCCCCCAGCACUGCUGCCGUGCAAAGGAGUCACUCGGACCUGGUCCAGACCACACAGACGCGGGGGACCAAUGGUGCUCGGAAGGCCAGCCUCAGCUGCUCGGCCCUUGGCAGCUCACCAGUCCACAGAGCUCGACUACAGCCUGGUAGUACUUCUGACCAGGGAAGCCAGCCCCCUGCUGGCCUAGAAGGGGACCUGGGGGCUGAGGAUGGGACUUCACAUUCAGCCUGGACACUGGGAGAGGGUCAGGUGUGGGUGUCGCCAGUAAACCUGGGAGACACACCUACUGAGAGCAGCAGCCCCCACACUGAGCCCAAAGCCACGGGGCAGGUGGCCACCACCUCCUGUCAUGUGUUGUCUUCAGCAGCUUUACUCUGUGACAGGAGAGAUGUGGGAACCGUUGGCUGCUGCCAUGUCCUGCCUGCGCCCGGGAUCCUGGCCUUCCCUAAACUAGUGGCUUCAGUGAGUGAGUCUGGGCUGCAGGCUCAUCAUGGGGUGAAAUUCCAGUGUAGGCUGCCUGUGGGCCUGCCUGGGCAUUCCCACUGCUGUGCCCAUCCUUGGGCCCCCACUGGGAUGGCCACUGAGCCUGGCACCAGGACCAAGGAUGUGUGUACGAUGACCUCAGCCAGUGACUUGGCUCCUGGGUUGGCGUCCUCACCAUCAGCCCAGGAUGCUAGUGUGCAGGUGGCCCCCAUGGCAGCCUGCAAGGCUGUGGCCACCAGCCCACCCCUGGGAGCGUCAGUGGCCUUGCACACCUUCCCGGAAGUGACUCUGGAGGCCAGCCUGGAGGAAGCAGCAUCUCCUGUGCGGGACGUGCGGUGGGAUGCUGAGGGUAUGACAUGGGAGGUGUACGGAGCUGCGGUGGACCCUGAGGUGCUCGGCGUGGCCAUCCAGAAACACCUGGAGAUGCAAUUUGAGCAGCUUCACCGAGCGCCUGCCAGCGAGGACAGCCUGUCUGCAGAGGGUCGGCGGGGGCCCUUGAGAGCUGUCAUGCAGUCCCUCCGGCGCCCCAGCUGCUGUGGCUGUUCCAGUGCAGCCCCUGAGUAAGGAACUGUGGCCCUUGAAGCUGGCCUGCAUCCAUGGACUCAGUGGGGACCCCCUGCCCUUGAAUCCACUGCUGUCAUGGGUACAUCUCUGCUGCUGGCUACCUGCAGAUCUCAGAACUGCAGACUGGGGACUUCCCUUUCCCUGCUGUGAGUUGAUUUUUAAGGGCUUGUUUCCAAGAGCCAAAUCUCUGUACCCCUGGGGCUCUGGACUUGGGGACAGGGUUUCAGCACUGUGCAUUUGGAGAUCCUGAUUUUUUUUCUGUAAAAAUACUUGAUCUUCUCUGUAGCAUCUCCUGCAAAUUCUGCUGUGAUUUCCCCGAGGACUCUUGUUUACUUGAAAACAAUGCUGAGAUGUAAUGGAUUCUUGUCAAGAAAGGUGCCCCACCCCUCCCAA